GGGGGAGGGGGGGGGGGGGGGACUCCAAUUACUUCAAUAAGUAUGAGGACAUGUGAAAACACAUUGGUAAUUACCACAACUCAUGUAUUUUUAGACAGACUACGGUUCUGAAAUGGAACAGGAAAUAAAACGUGAUAGAGGGCACCACAUAUGGAGAUAAGGGGACAAACAGGGGCAGGGGGAGAGGUUGAGAGUUGGGGGGGCAACGUGACGGUGGACGGAAAGACGUAGAUGGAACGAGGGAGACAGAGAGAGUAAAAGACAGAGAGAAGAGGCUAGGGUUGUCAGUGCAGUAAGCAGCUUCUGUCCGAAGAUUUGCCCUCACACUUGGAUUGGCAACUCUGAUAGAAGCGUUAACGGACAAAUCCACUGAACACCCAGAGACACACGGCGCUGGACAAUAACAGACAAGAGUCCACAAGGUCAACAGUCUUCCUCCAAAAUUCAAGGAACGUGAAUGUGUGUGUGAUUGUUCGUGUUGGGACAGAGCUCCAGUCAAGUUGAAAUAUUGGACUCCUUCUCUAUUGAAGAUGCGUGGUGCGGGACUGUACCUGCUGUUGCUGAUGCUGCCCUGCUGUGCCUGGUGCCAGCCGCGAGGCUUCAGCAGUCAGAGUCUGCGACUGGAGGAGGAUGAAGACACCCCAGCAGACGGAGACCUGAUGACUGUCAGCAUCCUCAACCGGAGUGGGAUCUUGGCAUCCCUUCUGUCCCCAGACUUCCAGCCCACGAUCAGGAAAGCAAGGGCUUCCCGGCCGCUCCCACAGUUCACAAAGAAAGCAGCCCAGGGAUCGCGUUUCGCACUCUCCCUGGAUGUGCCCACCAGCAUCCUCAGUGUCCUGAUAGACCUGGCCAAGAACCAGGACAUGCGGGCCAAAGCAGCAUCCAAUGCUGAGCUGUUGGCACGCAUUGGCAAGAGGAAAUAAAAACCAUUGCUUGUACAAUUCAGAUGGGGCUGGGAGCUAAUUAAAAGUUUGUGCUGAUUACAUGUAUGUUUUGAAUUUGUUUGGGAACAAGGUACACAGGAUUUGAGAGGGAUUGGCAGUAGACAUGUACUUCUUUUGCGUUGGUAUACUUUGCUGUAUUUAAUUUUCCUCAACAAAUAUGUAAAUAUUAACAUAUAUGAAUACUAGAGUCUCUUGAUUGUAACUUGAUUGCAUUGGAUGAUUUAUAUCUGUCAAAUUACAUGAAUUUGAAUUAUGGAAUGUGAGAAUACACCAUUAUGUGCACACUGGACUUAUAUAAUAAAAUUCAAUAAUUUAACAUCAUCUUCUAUUGAUGU